CCCACGCCUUCUCACCUCCAGCAAGUGGGGGUCGGCCGAUUGUUGAUUGCUAGUUCGGUACUUGGAGCCACUCACGCGAGACAACAUCGUGGAUGUACCCAGUCCACAGGUUGGUCGUAUGGGCGCUGGCGCCUGCGGUCCCCUGCCUCGUUUUCGGGCUGUUCAGCCGAGCCGCGUGGCACGAGAGCCCGCACUUCUUGGCGGCCCAGCGAAGAGGGCGGGAUUUGGUUUCGUCGUUGAACGUCAUGUUCGAAAUGAAUUGCAGGCCCGACUGCAGGAUCGUGCUGGACAGGGGCAUCCACGCCGAGCCGCCCGAGGAGGAGCCAUCCCGGGAGGCCUUCGUGAAGGUCCUCUCAGAGUACCCGUACUGGUUUCAUUGGAGGCGCCUCUCGGCCAUGUCGCCGCCGCCAGCGCCUCGCGCAGGGGACUCGUCGGGACUUGAGGGCGCCCCGCUCGGGCGCUGCGACGGCACGGUGGCGACUUCAGGCGUGCCAGUGCUUUGGUGCGAGCUGGUCUCUGGAGGGAUGCUGGGGUUCUGGCCUCAAGUCUUCGCCGACGUCGACAACGACUUCGGCUCCAGGGAGCUCCCCGGCUUCAAGCUGCUGGUGGCCGCGAUGGUGGCCAUCCCCGGGGCGCUGAUGGCCUUAUUCCUGGUGUCUAUCUGGGAUGCCUGUUCGGCGAAGCCCUCGGAGGAGCGUGACCAGACUGAGAUCGAGACGAGGGCGGAGGAGGCCCGGCGGGGGCUCCCGCGCCGCGCCACGCUGGCGGCGUCCGCGACGGUCUGCGGAGGCGGUGCGCUGAUGCUGCUGCGGCUGGGCCCGUCGCCUUGGAUGGGCAUAACUGGGCUAGUGCUGAUGCAGCUGCUCUCGCCCUCGUGGUUCGUGGUGGUGCUGGUGUACCCCGCCGAGGUCUUCCCGACGCAGAUCCGCGCAAGCGCCUUGUCCGGAUCCUACUUCCUGGGGCUCUGCGGCGCGGAGAUGGUGCAGUUCAUGACUUCCUUCGUCGACAACACCUGGUGUCUCGUCAUCUACGCCUGUGCCGCGUUCGUGUCAGCGCUGCUUGUCCAGUUGCUGCCAGAAACGAACGACAGUGAGCUGCUCAACAACUGGACGCCCGAGUCGCUCACUGUCUUCAUGCCUCCGUACGCGAGCGACUGCUGCGACGACGACGGCCCCGAGACAGGCUACGGCUCCUUCGCCGAGGGUGUGCCCGUUGCAAAGGGCUGCCUGCGAGAGACCAGCGCAUCGCAUGAGGCGUGCCCUGCCGCCCGCCUCUUGGGCGGCCUCGUGUGGGCCCGUCUCCGGGUGCCCGGCGCGAUCGGCUGGGACCGCCGGCACGUGCGGGGAGAAGCGCCGGGAGGAGAACCCCGGCGCGCCCCGCCAGGGCCUCAGGCUGAGGAUCGACUACCUCGGCGUCAACGCCAGGGUCAUGGGGGGCGGGGCUCAAGCUAG